GACACAGAUGAAGAGUAGGACAACCUCUGAUAAGGGACUGCUUUAAAUGUGGACCCUGAGAAGAAAUUCUCAUUUUCUCACCAACAGAAUACCCUUCAUCACUACAAAAAUAUGAAUCUGCAGUUUGUUGCAUUGACUUUGGCCUUAGCUACUACAACAGCAUUUCCAGUGAAUGAUGAGAUCAGUCGAGAAGCAUGGAGUUUACAGAGUGACAAUCAGGCUAUUGACAAGAAAAAUUUUGCCAAAGACUUCAAUGGUGUGUGGAAGAACCAUGUGGUGAGCAGUGACCUUUACUCCCAAGACUCUUACAACCCCAUGGCGGCUGAACUGAGACGAAAGCUAAGUAUGGAGUCCGAGCGCCUGAGGGCUCGUCUAAAGCAGGAGCUUGCUGAGCUGAGGGAGAGACUCUCUCCAUACCCCAGCCACCCGAAACACGCCAUGGCAAAUGUCAAGGAGUUCCUCGCCCCCUUCACUAAGCAGCUCCAGACGGCUCUCCAAUCCAACACUCAGGAACUCUGUGACAAACUCAAUCUGAACCUCCAGGACCUGAACCCAGAGGAAGCCACACUCUACCAGGAGGCAGUGCAGAGGAUCACGCUCGCUCUGGAUGAAAGCCACCAGAAACGGACAGUGGCCUUUGAGGACUUUAAAACAAAAGCAUUUGAGGCUGUAGAGGAAGAACGAGACAGCAGCGGAAAGGAGCUCUGGGAGGAAGUCACUGCCAGGCUGGGGCAGGAAGUGUGUACCUUCAGUUUAGAGGUUCAAGGGAAGGUUGCGGCGCUCAAGAUAGCUCUGGCAGGCCAUCUCGCCUCGGCACAGCCUCCGAGGGACGUGAUGGCUUCAAAAGUGGAUCAGUUCUGCCAGAACUCCUCAGCUCGAAAUCAACAGUUUAUUUCUAACUUAGACCAACAGAUGAUCACUCUGCAGGAAAACCAGAGCCAUGGUGAUUCAGCUGGUUUCCAUCAGACAAACAUAGAGUCCAUACAGGAGGAUUUCUCAACUAGACUCACAGCUCUGUUACAAGACAUUGUACACACUCUAAAUUAAACAACACACCUUCAUUCCUGUCAGAAAUGCAAAUGUAAUGUACUGUAAAUAUAUUGUGACCUGUAACUUUUGUAGAACAAUGUUGCUGUUUGUACAGUUUUCAGAAAGAAUAGAAAGUACGGCGAAAUCCAUUGAAGUGAAAGACAGAAGAGCUUUCUUUCUUUUACUGAAGAUAUUUUGUGUAAUGUGUGGAUAUACUGUUUCAUAAACAUGUAAAUAAAGGUCAAUUUGUACAUAUUUGAAAUGAA